GGUCUAAAUGGGCCGAAGUAAUUAAAACAGAAAAUCAGGCUACAGAGCGGGUCAGGACGGACGAUCUUUGCACAACCCUAAUCGCCUGAUUGCAAUGAUCUUCUUCACUCGCACAAUAGCUAGUUCUUCUUCUUAAUCAAUGAUUCCUUAAAUCGAAGAGCCCUAAUCCUGCUGGUUCUUCUUCUUCUUCUGCUGCUGCUGCUGCUGCUAUUGUUGGUACUUGCUCCGACUAGUCGCACAACCCAAAUCCCGCUUGUUCUUCUACUAUUGUUGAAACUGAAGCACCAUAAAGCCGUGCUGCAGAAGUAAAGCUAUGUCGUUUACAAAGGGAGACUUGCUUACAAAAACAAGAAAGCUAGUACAUGGUUUGGCCAAGGCCAAGCCCGUUUGGCUCAAAGCUAUGGAAAAGUCCCCGCCUGCAGUAUUUCCUCGGGCUGAAAAGAAAGUUGAGCGGAUUUGCCUCCCUGAGGAUGUUUAUAUCAAUAAGUUCUAUAAGAAGCAUCCUGAAUCGUUGCAUGAAGAUCCUAUCAAAAUCUGUGAUUUUGACCCGACCCCGUCACGCAUUUUUGGUUGCCGGGUGCUAGAGUUGAAGGAGCAAGGUGUGGGUGAAGAGGAAGCUAUAGAUGUGGCAGAUGCGGAGUACCGGCAACUUAAGAAAAGCAAAAAGAAGGCAUACAAACGUCUGAAAGAAAUAGCGCGAAUAAGAGGAACAAAACCCCCGCAAAACCCAUAUCCAAGUGCUAUAAAGGAGAUACAAGCCGAAGAGAAGAAGUAUGUUCACGACCGUUUCUUCAAUCCAAGAAUCUUGGAAAUGGUUGACAGACUUAAGGAGCAGCAUGAUGCUGAGAUGCAAGAUAGAGGCAGAGCCUAGGCAUGUAAUCUCAUAUUUUGAUCUCUCAUAUUCUUAUGUUACUCCGUAUUUUGAUGCUUCAAAACACCGGCUCUACUUGUUUUUAUUAUAGAUUAAGGUGGUUAAAUUUUUCUGGGUUAUUGUUAACUGUAAUAAACGCGGACUUGACACCAUGUGGUGUUUGGCAUCUUUGUGUGUUAUGCGGAAUAUGUGAAAUCGCUUUCUUAACUGUUGUUUUGUUAAUACUUUUGGUAAAGAAAUAUUAAGUGGGUUGUAA